CACGGCUGUGUGAUGCAGGAUGCUGCUGACGUCACCGGCUCACGGUCUCUUUCGGGAUGUUCUCUGAUCGCGGACGCAGUCGGACCUGAUCCACCGUGUGUGUCCCACAGAAAGCGCGGACGGGAAAGCUCACAUCGUGUUCCUUUUCGAUUGUUUCGAUCUCGAUGUUCGUUGCGCGGAGACGGAUUAAAUCGCAAAGCUGCACUCUCUGUUUUCGCGCUGUGUGUCAAAUUCGAUAAGUGACCCAAGCCUCUCUAAGAGAAUCUGAAGUGUUUAACACUGAGGUUUCUGCCAUCGCAGACACCAGCCCUGCGUCGCAGACACGUGGCUCUAAGGAUCGGAGUUGUGGGAACUCACCGGGACAACACCGAUCCUACAUCGGGACCCCCACCACCCGCCACCCCACCCACCCCGAUCUCCCAGAAACAAGGAUGAGAAAAGCAAGAAUAAACGAGAGGACAGCCGACUCGGAUGUCGCGUGAGUUUUUCUCGCUUCUUUGGCCCAUGGCGUGAUCGGAACAGCCCGUUCAUUUCCCGCCAUGGUGGAGGAGAAGUUCAACCGGCUGCUCUUCAUCCCCAUCGCGGCGCUGCUUUUCUUCAUGAUCUGCUACCAGUACGUGUGUCCCGCCGACAGCAACACCUGCAGCUUCACUGGGGAGGAGGACAGGACACCCCGGCGGUUCUCCUCCUCCACCUCCACCUCCUCAUCCUCCGGAUACUCUGACUCCCAGUACCCCGCGGAGGCCGACCCGGAGAUCGACUCCAAGUUCAACUUCACCGCGCGGGACCUGGACCGCCGCGUGGACUUCGACAUCAGUGGGGAUGACGUCAUCGUGUUCCUGCACAUCCAGAAGACGGGCGGCACCACCUUCGGACGGCACCUGGUGAAGAACAUCGAUCUGGAGCAGCCGUGUGACUGCAUGCCUGGGCAGCGGAAGUGCACGUGCCACCGGCCCGGGAAAACCGAGUCGUGGCUCUUUUCGCGCUUCUCCACGGGCUGGAGCUGCGGUCUCCACGCGGACUGGACGGAGCUCACCAACUGUGUGCCCAAAGUGAUGAGCAAGCGGGACAAGAAAAACACACCGCGGAGAAAACGGAACUUCUACUACAUCACGGUGCUGCGGGACCCCGUGUCGCGCUACCUCAGCGAGUGGAAGCACGUGCAGCGCGGCGCCACCUGGAAGACGGCGGCUCACGUGUGCGACGGCCGGCCGCCCACAAGCGACGAGCUUCCCGCCUGCUACGCCGGCGAGGACUGGGCGGGCGUAGCCCUGGCCGACUUCACCGCCUGCGCCUCCAACCUGGCCAACAACCGGCAGGUGCGCAUGCUGGCCGACCUCAGCCUGGUGGGCUGCUACAACGCCACGGGCGCCAGUGAGCCGCAAAGGGGUCGGGCACUGGUGGCCAGCGCCAAGGCCAACCUGCGCCGCAUGGCGUUCUUCGGCCUCACGGAGUUCCAGCGCAAGACGCAGUACCUGUUUGAGGGGACCUUCGGCCUGCGCUUCCUGCGCGCCUUCACGCAGGCCAACAACACGCGGGCCGCCAGCACCGGCGUGGGCGAGGAGGUGCGGCAAAGGAUCGCGGCGCUGAACGCGCUGGACGUGGAGCUGUACGAGUACGCACGGGAGCUGUUCCAGCGGCGCUACCGCGCGCAGCGGCAGCGGGAGCGGGCGGAGGAACGGCGGCGGCUAAGGCGGCGGCGAUGGCAGCGGGAGCGCCGGCAGAGGAAACAGUACCGGAGCUUCCUGUCGCGCGUGUGGAGGCGGGGGGGAGGGGAGGAGGGGGAGGAGGAGGAAGAGAAGGAA